AUGCCUCAACAACUCGCCCGCAAAAUCACCAAAACCUUCUCCCUAGCGCUCUUCCAAGCCGACGUCAUCCACAACCAACUCAACCCCGUGCGUCUCGCCGUCGGAAUCGAGUGCUACCGGGUCCAAUCGCAAAUACUACGUAUUCCUGACCGAUAUGGAAUAUUCUCGGCCGGCCCGGCCCAGCUCCAGGUCUACCAGGCAGGCCGUUGCAUGGUCCUGUUUUUCAGCCUCGCGUACUUGAACGCUGUGGCUUGGACGCCGGCGAUCGUUCUACUUGCGUUUCUGGGGGGCGACGCGCGCAGAGCGGCCCUUGCGGUGGGGGCGAUGGAGGGCUUGGUCGUGGCGGCGUUUUGGAUCGCGAUGUGUAGUGAUCGUCGCCGGCGGGUGGGGUUUGUGUGGGGGGAUUGGAAUGGGAAGAGGGAUUGA